AGCAAUUAGUUAACACUUUAGCUGCUUUUGUUCCUAGAUGCUUUUUAUGCAGACCUGCUGCCUGCCUGAACGUUCACAUCUUUUAAGUGGUUCUUACUCAAAUUGGCUCAUAAUCCAUUGUUUUGUACUCAUAAUAAUCACAUCGUGGGUAGGUUAUUUAGUGGUCAGGCAGUCUCAAUGAGGAGUUAGAACGGCACUAAGUCUCGUGCAGUGCAUUACAGUGCAGUAUAACACAAGGUACCUUCCGAAGAAUGAUCACGAUGACGAUACUUUUUUCCUUCAGUCUAUUUGUUGGACUUCUUUCGCAGGCCAGUGGCUGGUGGAGUCUUGGCUUUGACUACAGCUCGCCGGACCAUAACAUCCAACUAUCCCCACCAAACCAAGUGAAAGCUCUGACUCAAAGACAAGUCAGAAUAUCAAAAAGAUACCCUGAACUCAUCCCAUACAUUGCUGCCGGAGCAAGAAAAUCUAUACUUGAAUGUCAACAUCAGUUUAGAGCCAGACGAUGGAACUGUUCAGCACAUAGCCCUGAAAACGUAUUUGGGAAAAUUUUGAAAGUUGCGUGCAGAGAAACUUCAUUUACCUACGCCAUUACAUCAGCUGGUGUAUCACACUCUAUUGCGCGUGCUUGCAGCGAAGGAAAGCUGUCCGCAUGCUCAUGUGAUCGCAGAUACCGUGGAGUAAGCAAGGAAGGAUGGCAGUGGGGCGGAUGCAGCGACAACAUCCAUUUCGCUGACAAUUUUUCGCGCAGAUUCGUGGAUGCUCGUGAGAAAGCCAGAGAUUUCAGGGCACAGAUUAACAUGCAUAACAAUGAGGCUGGAAGGGCGGCUGUUCGCCAAAACAUGAUUCUCGAGUGUAAAUGUCACGGCCUAUCUGAAGCAUGCACUGUUAAAACAUGCUGGAAAAGGCUGCCCGACUUCCGCCACAUUGGAGACGUAUUAAAAACCAAAUUUGACAACGCUUCGAUGGUCGAAUUUCAGCAAAACAAUAACCGUAAUGAUAAACGCAAAUCACCUGCGAUCUUCGUCCCUGUAAAGGCAUUCUUACGACGCCCCACGAUCCAUGAUUUGGUGUAUUACGAGGAGUCGCCGAACUUCUGCCGAAGGAGUCCCGACACUGGUUCCCUUGGAACAACUGGAAGAGAAUGCAACAGUACAUCUUUGGGCACUGAUGGCUGCGAUUUGAUGUGCUGUGAAAGAGGAUACACAACUAGUGUGCAGGAAAGAAUAGAAAAUUGUCUGUGUAAAUUCUUCUGGUGCUGCGAGGUCAAGUGUGAGAAGUGUAAAACCAAAAGAAUCGUAAAUAGCUGCUUAUAGGACUUUGUUGCUGCCCUGUUUAAUAAUAGGGAUUUGGAAUGCUUAUCGAUUUGAUCAAAUUAUUUUGAUGAAGCGUCAAUAUACGUUUUAGCCUUCUAGGAGGCAAUAUUUUUAAUGCAGUAUUUUUAGUGGUUUUGAUAGAAUCUGGAUGACAAUUCAGUUACAAAGUCAAACUGAAUUACGUCGUUCACACCCAGAAAAUCUCAAAAUUGCAGAUAUGUUGGGAGGGUUUUUUAUUAUAUGUUUUUAUUACUGAGUAAGCCGCCUUUUUCAUGAAGGUAUAUUAUAGGGUAUACUCUACUGCCCUCAUGAAUACAUCAUAAUGAUCUCAUGAUUAAUUGUUGAUUGUAGUCAUCCUUACAAGGAUUCUCACAAUGGGGAGGGAGAAAUGUUAAACAGUACAAGAAAAGUAAGACGCUCGACUCUCAGUGGAUUUACCAAGAAUUCUAUUAGUUUAAAACUGAGACUACGCUUUAGUUGGCUGAUCAAUUUUUAAAAAUGGAAUAACUGUAAAAGGAGGGUAAAUUUAGUAAUUCGCAGCUUCAUGAAGAUUAUUCACAAGGUUACGUUUAUACUCCACUUUUAGGAGACAAAGAAAAGGAAAAAAAUAAAACACUUACUUUUCUUCCUUCCUUCCUUCC